AUGAAUCUGCUUAGAUUUGAAGAAGCAAAUCAAACCUAUGAUUUAGCUAUUUAGAAUAACCCUGAAGAUUCAGACUUAUUAAAUGAUAAAGCAAAUGUAUUAGUUCGUUUUGGAAAAUAUGAUGAAGCAUUAAAAUUUUUAGAUUAUGCAAUUAGUAAUAACCCAAACAAUGCACUUUAUUUUUUUAAUAAGGGUAAUAAAAUCUAAAGAAUUAUGAAGGAAAUGUAUUAGAAGAUCUGGGAAGAUUUGAUGAAGCGUUAUAAUACUAUGACUAUGCAAUUUAGUAAAAGCCUGAUGAUCCAACUUUUUAUUGUAUUAAAGGUAGAAGUAAUAAUAUUUGUAAGCAAAUAUUUUAAUCAAGCAGAAUAAAUAUAAGGAAGCAUUAUAAAUCUGCAAUUAUGCGAUUUAGAUAAAUCCUGA